AUGAGUCAUCAACAUUCAUACCUCUCAUGGACAGAUAAUACACAUAAUCGACUUAAUAUUGAACCGAAUACAAGUGGCAUAUAUAUAGAUAAAUGUUAUAGACAAUUAGAGUAUCUUAUAGCUACAUGUUCAUUAACAAAAAGAUAUUAUAAUCAACUAUAUGAAUGUCAUCCUGAACAACAAUCUUAUUUACAGAAAAGAUUAAAACGAGAUAUUGAUGAUAAAUCUAAACGAUCACCACAUGUAUUACUAUCAUUAAUUAUUGGAGUAUCAUGUUUUUUAGUUGGUUUUAUAAUUGGUACUGUUCUUAGUAUUUUUAUUUCAAUAAAGAGACAACAACGACAAGAACAACAAAACCAACGACAUAAUGGAAAUAAUCAAUUUGAUUCUGAUAUUAAAUCUUUAAGUAUCAACAAUGAAAUUUUGAAGAGAUUAAUAGCUUUUGUCAUAUGUUUGCAGCAAACAACUUUUCUUUGGGAAAUUCCAUAA